AAACAGCCGAGGAGCCUCUGAGCCACACGAACAUGGCGGCUCCGGCCCUGGAUGCCGCUGCCGCCGCCGCUGCCGCCGCCGCUGCUGCCGCCGCUCCGUCCCGCUGACCGCCACCUCCUCACCGACCACAUCCCGCACAGCAUGGCCGCUCAACUCCCAGAGCGGACUGAAUGAUGUUGCAAGAUAACUCUUUGUGGAUGUUUAUCGAGGAAGUUUCGCAUAUGAGGUGCUGAUAUUUGCUGAAGAUGAGUAGUGGGGGGUCGGACACCCCGGAGCCUCCCAGAGGGGGAGAGUCUCUGAAGAGGAAGGACUGUCAGUCAGACCUCCUGGGACCCAGCCCGAAGAGGAACACUGAAAGGAGAAACCGGGAGCAGGAGAACAAAUACAUCGAAGAGCUGGCAGAGCUGAUCUUUGCCAACAUCAACGACAUGGACGACCUCAACGUCAAGCCGGACAAAUGUGCCAUCCUCAAAGAGACGGUGAAGCAGAUCAGGCAGAUCAAGGAGCAGGAAAAGGCUCCGGUGGCUGAUGCUGAGGAGGUGCAGAAGGCUGACGUCUCGUCCACGGGGCCUGGGGUCAUCGAUAAAGACGCUCUGGGGCCCAUGAUGCUGGAGGCCCUGGACGGCUUCUUCUUUGUCGUCAACAUGGAGGGCAACAUCGUGUUCGUGUCAGAGAACGUCAGCCAGUAUUUGCGCUACCAGCAGGAGGAGCUGAUGAACACCAGCGUCUACAGCGUGCUGCACGUCGGCGAUCACGCCGAGUUCAUCAAGAACCUGCUGCCCAAGAGCCUGGGUGAGAAGCACAGAAAGUUGACUGGAAAGCUGGAGAGUGGGCUGAAGGAGGAGCCAGUGCAAACGGAUGACUGCCAGAUUGGAGUCAAUCAUCGCAGCAGCGAUUCGUCCAACAGGAACAGCCACACGUUCAACUGUCGUAUGUUGGUCAACCCUCAUGUCGACGGUGAAGCCCGGCUGGCCUCUGACCAGCAGGAUACGGCACAACAGAAGUACGAGACCAUGCAGUGCUUUGCUGUCUCUGAACCCAAGUCUAUCAAGGAGGAGGGGGAAGAUUUUCAGUCCUGUCUCAUCUGUGUGGCGAGAAGAGUCCCUGUCAAAGAGAGGCCCGUGAUGCCUUCAUUUGAGAGCUUCACCACACGGCAAGAUCUUCAAGGUAAGAUCACAUCACUGGAUACUAGUCAGCUGCGGGCAUCUAUGAAGCCAGGCUGGGAGGACCUGGUUCGGCGCUGCAUCCAGAAGUUUCACCUGCAGAGCGACGGGGAGAUGUCGUUCGCCAAGAAACACCAGCAGGAUGUACUGAGGAACGGCCACGCGCUCAGCCCUCUUUACCGAUUCUCCCUGGCAGACGGCACCAUCGUCUCAGCUCACACUAAGAGCAAACUGGUCCGAUCACCAGCCACCAACGAACCGCAGCUCUACAUGUCCAUGCACAUUCUGCAGAGGGAAAACUUAGGGGGCAUGACUGCAGACAUACCUGGCAGCCAGGGCAUGGCCAAACCAAUGACCCCAACAAGCGUGAGUGGACCCUCCCCUUCCCCUGACGCCAGUGUCACCAGCAACACCCUCCACUCCACAACGGCCUCCAGCACCCCUGGACGUGGUUUUGGGGCUGCAUCUGGACGGGCGCCCACGCCUCAGGGAAGCUGCCAUGCACUCAAGCUGGGCAGCCCUUCAGCCCAGGGAAGCCCCAGCGUCACCUCAGGGGCCCAGGGUGCCAUGUUGUCUCCUUGCCACCGUCAGAGCCCCAGCAUGGCAGCUAGCAGCAGCGGCUGCAGUAGCCCCCACCUCCCCCAGCAUCCCCCUGGGCCUUUCUCUCCAGCAGCCAGCCUCCACUCACCAGCAUCUGUAUGCAGCAGCACAGGAAACGGCCUCGGGUUCAACUCCCUCAGUGCUCUGCAGGCUCUCAGCCAGGGCCACAGGAUUUCCCAGGGACUCACCGAGGGACAGCAUCCAGAGUCACCUGACAGAAAACCAGUAGCUCUUCAGAGCCCCCUUCAGAACACCAACACUGGUAGUCAACUUGCCAAGAACAAUCCCAGCUUAGAUGCUGAUUUAUUUGGAGCUUUUGAGGAGCAGCAAGACUUGUUGUCAUCCCAGAACCAGGAGGAUGAGCAGGGGGAGGGGAAAGAUGGUGACCAUGACAGCUUUGGAGGUAAUGGAAGUCUGGGUGACCUUGGCGACGCCCCAAACCGCCUUCUGAACACCAAAGGUCACACCAAGCUGCUCCAGCUACUCACCACCAAGUUAGAACCCUCCGAUCCCUGCUCACCACCGGGACCCCUGGGGGACGACCAGAACUGUAAGGACCAGCUGUGUGGGGUCGGUGGUGUUGGUGGAGCAGGACAUAACAACCACUCCACCUCACUAAAGGAGAAACACAAAAUUCUCCACAGGUUGCUGCAGAACAGCACCUCGCCUGUGGAGUUGGCCAAGUUAACGGCUGAGGCUACCGGAAAAGACCCCAUCGGUCCAGAGUCGGCCUCAGGGGACAGCAUGGCCGCUCUGGGUGAACUCUGCUCUAAACAGGAGCCAGGGAGCCCGAAAAAGAAGGACAAUGCUUUACUUCGCUAUCUUCUGGACCGGGAUGAUAAUGGCAUCCUGGAUAAAGCCAUCAAGAUGGAACCUAGUGAUGGACUGAAGUUGUCGAAUGUGAAGACAGAGAAACAGGAAGGUGACUUUAAUAUGGCAGAUCAGACCAGUGAGCUGGAGGACCUGCUGGAGGACCUGCAAAGUGGCGCUCAGCAGCAGCAGCAGCAGCAGCUGUUCCCCAGUCAGCCACCAGCCAGAGGUGUGGCCUCCUCUUCAUCCUCCUCUUCCUCUGUGGCCCCUGGCUCCUCUGUGGACAAACAGACCAUCAUCAGUGACAUCCUGCAGAUGACAGACAGCAGCAGCUCCCCCAACCAGCACAGAACCUUCCCUCCCAUCAGCCCUGCAGCAGGCUUUAAUGGUUCCCGGCCAGGCCAGCCGACUCAAGGUGCUCCUCCAAUCAGGAGCCUGUCUCUGGACAACAGUAUGGGUCCCAACCCCAACACCGCCAGGCCUUUCCCCCCUCAGCACAGGAACAACAGCCCCUACUCCUUACUGCAGCAGCAGCAGCAGCAGCAGCAGCAAAGCAUGAUGGGAACCCAUGCCGGCAUGGCCAACCAGGCUGCAAUGGCCAACACAGGCAUGCGGUCCUCCAUGCAGCAAGGUUGGUGUCCCCAGGGGCCCAUGGGGGGCACCGCGGGGCCGAUGAUGGCCCAGGGAGUCGGACCUGGUCGCAUGGUCCCUAACAUGAACGCUGCGCUGCCUACAAGAGGUCCGUCUGGAUCCAGAGCCAUGGUCAACAUGCAGAUGAUGGGCAAUGGUAAGAAGAAACAAAAUAACAGAAACUCUCAAACACUGACAUCAGCUUCCAUCAAAUCUUUCACUGAUACUAAGUUUAUUUCCUCCCGGUAACAAGCUCCGACCAAUCAGACUGCUCCGUGGCCAGACCGAAUGAUGAUGGAUCAUUAUGGAAACCAAAGCAGGCCACCGUACGGCGUCCCCCAGGAGGAUGGGAUGGGCUGUUGUACAGGGCCGGAGGGCCAACCAGAUGAAGGGGCUCUGUUGAACCAGUUGUGCUCAGUGUUGAAGGACUAUGAAGGUCUGGAGGAAAUUGACAAGAUGUUGGGAAUCCCUACGCUGGCAGGACAGGGUCCUCUGUCGGACCAGGACCAGUUCUUGGGCUCCUCGGACCCGGCGGCCGGCAUGAAGCCUCCCCUCUACAGUCAACACUACGGCGGCCCGCCGGGUUACGGCGGCAUGCCUCCUGAUGGCGGCUACCACGGCCCCUCCAUGGGCGGCCACAUGGGGCCUCAGAGAAUGGCUCCUGCCGGCUACCCCCCAAUGAUGAGGAUGGCUGGUGGCGCCGGGCCCAGACCAGCUGGCAUGAGGCCGGGGGGGCCCGGUCCGAUUGUCCCCUCGCAGCCCAACAACCUGAGGCUGCAGCUGCAGCACAGACUCCAGAACCAGCUGAACCGUCAGCCAGUGGUGAACCAGAUGGGCGGAGUGUCCAAUAUGAAUCUACCUCUAAGGUCUAAUGUACCAAACCAGGGAACCUUCAACGCCCAGAUGCUGGCGCAGCGUCAGCGCGAGUACCUCAGCAACCACCUCCGUCAGCGCCAGCAGCAGCAACAUGUGCAUCAGCAGCGCGCCAUGAUGAUGCGGACUCAGGGCAUCAACAUGCCGCCCAACAUGCCCAGUGGGGGCGCCGCUCCCACGCCGAUGCCCAUGGGCGGCACCAACCCACGGCUCCCGCAGGGCAACCCGCAGCAGUUCCCCUACCCGGCCUCCAGCUACGGUACAGGCCUGCCCUCUCCUCCACCUCCUCCUCCUCAUCCCAGCUCCUCCAGCCCCUUCUCCUCCCCUCUCUCCCCCAGCCAUCAUCUGGCUAGCCAGGGCAUGAUGGGAAGUGUAGGCGGGCAGUAUGGCAGCGUAAUGAGUCCGCCAUCACAGCACAGUACCUUCCAGUUCAGCAGUUCAGGAAUGAGCCAGCAGCAGCAACACCAGGAUCCGGUUUCAUGCUUCCCGUGUGGGGCCGCCACCCCGCAGAGCCCCCUGCUGUCCCCCAGGAUGGGGCAGGGUCAGAGCCCUAUGCUGCAGCAGAACCAGGCCCAACCCCAGGGUCCGAACCAGGGAGGACCCCCCGGCUACCAGCCCGCUGCCGACCUCAACGGAUGGCCUCAAUCAGCCAACAUUUCCACCAGCAACAGUGUGUACCCCCAGCAGUCCCAGUCUCAGUACUCCACACAGCCCAGCGGAGGAAUGUACGGCGGCAGCAACAGCAUGAACCUGGGAGUCGCCAUGGCCGGCAACGGAGGCAACAUGAACCCUAUGUCAGGACAGAUGAGCUCCAUGAAUACAGAGCAGGUGACUGACAGCAGCCUGAUCCUGGAGCAGCUCGCAGGAAUUGACAUGUUGACACAAGAUGGAGAAGCAGGUUCUAACUUCUGCUGACCGCUGCUGCGGCUGAGACAAGGUAACGCAGAAACUCGUUCAAAAACACUGACACCUGAAGUAUGAAGGAGUUGACGAAAACACUGCCCCUCUAUCACACCAGCCAACUCAGAGGCACUACAGACAGCCGGAGGACAUCGGAGACACGUCAAAGCUUCAGAGCUGCGUUCAGAGCCGCUUCACAUUUUAUGCAAACAGUCAGAAAUUACAGGGAAACUGCCAUCUGAACCAUCCUGACAGCAAACGCACAACGGGAGGAUAAUCACACACACAAAAGAGAAAUACUGUGCCACUGCUGAUUCAGGGACACAUUUUAGUUUUUCACUGUAGCUCAUGCUUUUUCUUCAUACUAAUUACUCAAUAUGUGUUCUAUUUAUCUGUUUAUCCUACAUGGAAUUCAAACAACAAUCAAGUUAAGGCUGCUCCAAAAAAAAAAAACGAAUAGAUUCAUAUUCAGCGAGUAAAAGAGUGUUAAAAGGUGUUCUGUGUAGCAUUUGAAACAUAGAAAUCACAUUAACCUAUUAAAGCCUGGUUUCCCCUGAAAGUAAAAUCACUUUCAGUAUGUAUUUUAAGAUAAAUUCAGCCUAAUUUAUCUGAAAAUGUUGGGAUCUCCCCAAAAAAAUUUAAUUAAAUUUUGUGUUUAAACAGUUGUUCCUUUCAAAAUAUUAAUUUGUAAUCAUCAGUAGUGCUAACAAGGUUUAUACAUUAGUAUAAUUAACCAUUGAGUAGAAGUAAAAAAAAUUACAUCUUUGUAUCUCUAUGUGGAGCUUUUGUCUCCCCCUUCUGGCUGUGAGAGUAAUUACAGCAUCUUUUCCGCUGCAGUUUUUCAGCUGUGUUAAGCCAAUCAUGGCUGAUGUAAAACUGCAGUAAUGUCACCUCAGAAAGCAGAUUUAAAACUACUGACUACUAAAAUACAGACAAUUUUACCUUUAUUAUCACUGUAUGAUCCCAUUUAGCAACAAGAUGAACAUAACAGAUGUUUAUUUACAUGUAAAUAUUAGAAUAAUUUCAAGAAAACACGCUUUUUUAAAGAUACGUUGCUGGCACGUAUUCGUAAAGUCAAAGACUGUAAAAGAAGAAACAUAAAUCGGGAAGCACGUCUUUUUUCAAAAUGCUACAUACAGCACCUUUUAGAAAACAAGUAGUUUUCUGUCCCUGGAAACUCGCUGCAGUAAAACCUGAAACGUCUCUAUCAGCCCCAGGUUGUUUUCCAUGAACUCACACACUGUUUGCUGUUCGAAUGUCUCUGGUCACAUGAAUGUAUCCUAAAGUUUUACACCUCCAGCUGUGAUCCUCUGAACCCUCUGAGGCGGCGUAUGUACGAUAGAGAAACUUUUUAUUUUGUGAAACUGAACUAAACAGUUUGGCAGGAGAACGGUUGACAAGCAUAAAUGAAACCUCUGGAGUUUAUCUUUUACGGUUCCGUUCUGGAGCCCAACUGAAGAUGACAAUGAUGAAGUUUAUGGAGGAAAAUAUUUACAGUUUAUUUAUAGUUUUGAAGAAGUUUUAGAGAUUAUUUGAAUGACACAUUUAAAAAAAAUCAAUGAUAUAUAUCUUUAAGGAAAUCUCUGAAAAUGGUACAUGUUGAUGUCGAUUUUAAAAUUAAUAUAUUUCAACUGCUGUAGUUACGGGGCCUGCACCCCUCUUUAAUGACUUUUGAAUGAAGGUGAAUGUGUAUAGAUAGUGUACAUAGAUUUUUAAUGUCCUUUCCCUCUAAGUGGUAUUGUAAAGCAGCAGCUUGGAGUUUAGUUCCAUAAACAUUUGUCAGGGAGCAGAAAUAUAUCAUUGGUUAAACUUAGCAGCGGCUGGUCUGCUAAUUAUACAGGUAAUUGGCUCAAAUGAAAAGCUUAAAAUGUAAACUAAAAAUUUAACUAUCCUAAACUGAUUUGUGCAACGUCCUUGCUAGUCAGGAAGCUAGCUAACUGACUUUAUUAGCGGGAAAUCAAGAAGUUGUUGCCAUUUUGCUGCAAAUAUUUUAAAUCAAAAGUUCAGCUGAGGUAACUAACUAGCCUAGCUAACUUAGCAUCAGUUUUCUGGUUACGCAGAAAUAAUGAUUAGGCUGUUUUCCACUCCAGGAACCACCUCAAGAACCUCUUCCAGGGCUGUUUUCAGCGAUAGAAUAACCUUAAAUACCUAAUUCAGUUUAGGUACUUUUGACCAACCCUGUCAGACUCGAUAAUGACUCAUUAAAGACCGCAGUUGAGUAGCAGUUUCCUCUCUAAUGUCACCAUCAACUAUGUAGAAUUCACACUAACACAAAUCCAUUGUUCUAUUUCUAAUGUGCUUAAAGAACUGGAGUUACAUCCAGUAAACAAUAUUAGUUUUGAAAAGCCUGAGCCGACCUGAAAACAGAACUUCACACCUUCCUGAAUGUCCUGCAGUGGAAAUGCUGCCUGUUAUAUUCCUUUUAUUAGCCUUUAGCACUUUUUAGCCUUCUUGGUUUCCUCCUUUAUCCAGGAAUAAAAUAUCUAUAGCCAUGAAAUUUGGUACAGACAAAAUGACUUUUAGAUUUGGAUGAGCUGUUUGGUGCUUAUUAGCGAAGGUUAGCAUGUUAACAUGCUAAGCUAGGUGAGGCAUUUUAAUUUAAUUUCAACAAGUCAACUCAGAGUGCUAUACAUGAAAUAUUAAAAGCAUCAAGAGAAACAUUUCAACACAAUUAAAAGAGAUGAACAGAAUUAAAAAGUAGAAGUUGCAGUGCAGUUUAAGAAAUUCAGAGGCUAACAGGUUCGGUUUAAAGAAAGACCGAAGCAAACUGAAAAGUCUUCAGCCUUUUCUUAAAAGUUGCAGCAAACAUCAGCAUUGUUCACACAUCUGUUUAGCUCAUUAGCAAAUGUUAGCAUGACAGGGUUAAAUAUCAGCAUGUUAGCAUUAGCGUGAGCAGCGUCUUCGGUUUUGUUUGACUAACUUUCAGGCCAAACUUGCCAGGAACUUUUUUGCUUGCUGAAAUUUAACCAAUGAGAUUAUUUUUGCCUCCAAAGCAGCUUCGCCUCCGAAAACAAAAACUUGUGCUGAACUAAUGAAACUCCAAUGCUACUGCCGCUUCCUGGUUGCGAUGUGCCGACCUGCAGGACUUUGUGGUAUUGGUCUUUGAUGGUGAAUGAGUGGAAAUGGCUCCAAUAAACACACUAGUUGCUAAUGAAAGAGGAGGCGAUUCUUUACGAUCCAGACUUAUACAGAUUUUCACACACUGGAGCAUUCAGGAAUAGUUUCACCUGAAUCAGUCUGAAAGGUGCUGUUCAGUAGGUGCUUUCUCGUAGCUUGUAAUUGUGAACAAAACUGAGUCGAUUCCUUGAUUCUCCUUUCAUGUUAAAUCUGUUAAACACACUGUAAAGACGAAGAAGAAAACAAAAAAUUUCCUUCGUAUCUUGCAACUUUGACUGCAGUAAAUCAUCCUCCGGUUCACUAGCUUGUUGUAAAAUCCCAAAGAUGUUAAACUCUAAGAUGAAGCCGCAGAUACUUUCUGAAAGGCAGACAUUACGGCUUGUCGAAUGAUUUCUCUUGAUUUUGACACACACUGAAGAUUUUUCUCUUGAUUCGUAGAUGUAUAUUUUAUCAACUGCAAAAAUACUGCAAUUCCUGUAAGUACCUUAAGACGCUGAAGACGUUAGCAUAAUGCCUUAGCUCUGUGAUUCUCUGUCUGGUAUGUUAACUGUGAGGUUUACAGGUGUUUUUAUUUCUGUCACACACUGCUGACACUCUAAGAAUUAGACGCUUUUUAGGUUUUUCUCCCGAGAAGCAGCGAACUGCGUGUCAACUCCUGGAAAUUACACUUUUACUGUUUAAAAUAGGCGAUUAUUUACUUUGUAGUUACACUGUUUUGCUGUUUUUUAAGAAUAUCUCUGAUUAGAAGAGUGUUUUUGGUUUUCAAAAGGGGCAUUAAAUGUUUUUUUUAAUUACUUUUUUAGCACAUCCUUUAGAGCAUGAAUGCAGGACCAUGUUGCUACUGAAGAGAGGCAUCGUAACCCUCAUGAAAUUCAAUACUAAACCACGUUUGAAAAUGCAAUUUUCCACUGGGAAAAUCACCACAAUAGGGAGUCGGACAUUGUUUACAUUAUUUUGAUGCUCGUAUUCAGUCACUUCCUGCAUCAACACCACAUAUUUUCCUUGCUGGCUUAUUUUUAGAAUCGUAAAGAAGGAUUUUUAACCUUUCCUUACCAAAGUUCUCAAAUGCUAGAUAUUGUUUAGACACAGAUGUGAGAUGAAUUGGUAUAAAAUCUGCAAAAUUCUGAUACAAUUCGGGAAAUAUCAGGUUAAAUAUCUCACAGAGCUGCGGAAAUAUUUAUGGAAAUAUUUAAAAAAUAUAACUUUACAGUAAGACCCACAUCCAAAAUGCCAUCUUUCUUUUUUUUGUUCACUAAAUGAAGAAAAAAAAGGGCAAUGCUGCUCUUAUUUUACAUCAGAUCAUCUCAUUUUUCUGAUUUAAAGCCAGUUUGGUCAGAUUUUAUUCGAUCACCACAAACAAAUCAGCAAAACAACGAUGCCAGCUUUUAGGGUUAAGUGUCCCUUGGUGGGGAUAAAUGUUCAGAUUCUAAAAUCAGAAAUGUUUAAAUCCUACUUGAUCUGCAUGAAACAGUGACACUAGGAGAAGAAAACUUUAUCCAGAAGUCGUCAACUUCUAGAUUUUUAUUCUUUCCUGCAGUUUUCUAUAACAUAUAUACACCUUUUGCCCCUUUUAGAAUCAUUUCACUGGAGAGAGGCCGCUGUAAAUAAAAAUCUGGAGGCUCUUUUCCACUUCUGAAAUGCGUCUGACCUCCUGAAACGGCGAGCGUUUGACGGCACACUAGUAAACCAGCGCAAUACUGGAACGUCGGCGUUCACAGACUUGCAGCUUAUUAAGAGAUUUUUGUUCUUUUCUUUUAUUUGAAGUAUCCUCUCUGCUGUGAUGUUCAUAUUAAACAUCUCAGCAGCGACAAAAUCCAGCACGUUCAGUUUCUUCAGAGUGUGAGUGUUUCAUUAUGCAGAAGUCCGGACGUUCACACCCUUUAUGCAAGCUGUCAACUCUAACGUUGCUUUUGCCAAUGCUGCUUGUUAAUUUAUGAUUCAUGCCACUGUAAAUAAAUUAUUUUUAUUGAGA